GGAUACCGCCUCGACCCGCAGCGGCGACCCAUUUCCCGCCCCUCCCGCCAGGCGGGUCCCCUCUCCUCCUGCAACGACGAGGCCAGGCCGGCGAGCAGACCCGCCCCUCGGACUUCCACGCCAUGGCAGGGCGCUGUGAGAGAGGUUGGGGAAGCGUCUCUGCCUGAGCCGAGCCUCCCAACCCACCCCCUUUCCCUGGGCGUGAUGCGCCCUCCCACCCCUUCCUUCGGUGACUUCGUGCCUCCCGACGCCCGCGGAAAAGUUGACGAGGAGCGGAGGCUGGAGAACAACCAAGGCCGGUGCCCCGGCCGCCCGCGCUCAGCCCCCUGCCCCAUGUAGCUGAGGGGCGAAGGCGCCGCCUCGGACAGCUUCCCCCAGUCCUCGCCGGGCGGCUGGCUUUCCUCCGGCACGGCCGCCCAGCUCUCCCGCCGGCGCGCCCAUGUCCUCUACGCCCGUGCGGUCGCCCACCCUGCGGCCCCACAGAAUGAAGAAGGACGAGUCUUUCCUGGGCAAGCUCGGAGGGACGCUGGCCAGGAAGAAGAAGGCGAAGGAGGUGACUGACUUGCAGGAGGAGGGUAAAAAUGCUAUCAAUGCACCAAUGUCACCUGCCACAACUGAUCUUCAUCCAGAAGAUACUUUACUAGAAGAGAAUGAAGAACGAACUAUGAUAGAUCCCCAUUCAAAGGAGGAUGCCAAAUUUAAAGAACUCAUCAAGGUUUUGAUUGACUGGAUUAAUGAUGUGCUGGUUGAAGAAAGAAUCAUAGUCAAGCAGCUUGAAGAGGAUGUCUAUGAUGGGCAGGUGCUACAGAAACUAUUGGAGAAGCUAGCUGGUCGCAAACUGAAUGUGGCUGAAGUGACUCAGUCUGAAAUUGGUCAGAAACAAAAGCUGCAGACAGUUCUGGAAGCUGUCCAUGAUCUACUGCGACCCCACGGCUGGACUAUCAAGUGGAACAUUGACUCAAUCCAUGGCAAGAACCUAGUGUCCAUCCUCCACCUGCUCGUAGCAUUGGCCAUGCAUUUCCGGGCCCCCAUCAGACUUCCUGAACAUGUUUCUGUGCAAGUAGUGGUUGUAAGGAAACGGGAAGGGCUACUUCAUACAGCCCAUGUUACAGAGGAGCUCACCACCACCACAGAGAUGAUGAUGGGGAGAUUUGAACGGGAUGCUUUUGAUACACUUUUUGAUCAUGCUCCAGACAAACUAAGUGUAGUGAAAAAGUCCCUGAUCACUUUUGUAAACAAACAUCUCAAUAAACUUAACUUGGAAGUGACAGAAUUAGAAACUCAGUUUGCAGAUGGUGUGUACUUAGUCUUACUGAUGGGCCUCCUCGAAGACUAUUUUGUUCCUCUCCACAAUUUCUAUUUGACGCCUGAGAGUUUUGAUCAGAAGGUUCACAAUGUUUCCUUUGCUUUUGAACUGAUGCAGGAUGGAGGUCUGAAGAAACCAAAGGCUCGACCAGAAGAUGUUGUCAACUUGGAUCUGAAAUCUACCCUAAGGGUUUUAUACAACCUGUUCACAAAAUACAAGAAUGUUGAGUGAUCUGGAGAUCUCUUGAGAUGCUAUGGAUCUUCACAUCUUCCUUAUUUUAGGGAAGAGAGGAGGAAAUCAUCAUUUUGCCUUCUUCCUCUUUUGCCAUUCUUUCUUUUGCCUCAUGCAUGAUGGUAUCCCUUCAUUCAUUAGCAUUUUCACCAUGUAACUUUUGUAUGCUUUUUACACCCGGUGUUUUUCUUUGAAAAUGUAGUUUCAUGUUUUGAAAUACCCAGGUUAUUCUCAUCUGAUCCACAGGACAAUGGUUUCCAGUAUUCUAUAUUCAACAAAAAUGCCUUGUUCUGUUUGUGGAUAAUAUAAUUUCAAUUCAUUACAGUGGUGAGAGGAAUCUGAUGAAGAAAUAUUUGUGGCUCAUUUAAUUCAAAUAAUUUGCUUAUUGCUGAGUUCUCCAUAUUUGAUAUGUGCCACAAAUUCACUAGGUGACUUCAAGCAUGCCUCAGAUCCGCAUUUACAACAUGUGUUUAAUAACAAUACUGACCUACCAUACGUGGGCAUUGUGAGGAUUACUAAGAAAAAUGUACAUGAAAUGCUUUGAUCCCUGUAAAAUGCUGUAUGCUAAGUUUUCUAGACUUCUAAGUUUGCUAGGCUUCUAGGUAUAAUAUAGACCUAUUAACAUCUAGGAAUGGGCAAAGGCUGGAUUGACUGUGGAAGGUGCGUUACUAUGAGGUGGCACGUAUCCAUGAUCCAUCUGAAGUAUUUCCCCUCCAUUAUAUUUCAGAGUGUACUUCACACUUUCCUCUGUCUAAUACACUAGCUGAAAUCCUGUUGCACAGCUCUGCAUGCACUACAGGAAUGAUGUCAGCAUCAGCAGCAAGAGCAGCAAAUUGCCAUUGAGUAAAGGCUCCCUUUUGGCAAUUUUGGGGGGCAUGCAACUCGUACACAAUGCAGAGCUACACAGAAGGUUUGCAGCCAUCAUGAUAUACCUCUGAUUUAGACAUAUGUAGGUUAUCUGUGUCCAUUAAUCUAUUUUACACCUUCCUUUAUAUAUACAUAUUUUGAUUUGUUGCAUUUGUUUGUUUCUGAAAUUAUGUUCUCAAAUUCUUGUAUAUAUCUUUGGAAGGUAUUGCCUUCUUUUAUGCAUUGCCCUUUUACCAUUCAGUAUUACUUCCACUGAAUACACUGUGAAUGUUAGAUGAAAUGGCUGCUUAAUUUGAUUAAAGUAGGUUUUCUUUUA